AUGGCGAGCGACGACGAGCAUGUCGAAAUCCAGGAGCUUGGCUUGGCCGAAGAUGACCCCAUGAGAACUUCCCUUCCAGCAUCGUUUGGGAAAAAGUCCAAGGAGAUCCAAAUCGCUGCUCAAAUUGAUCGAAGCAGACGCGCAGUUGGUAUCGUUCCACCCGCCAGCACGAGGGAGCCCGAUGCGCCCGACCUGAGGAUACCAAGCACGGUGGAUGCCUCGAGCGACGAAAGUGACAGCGAUGAUGAUUCGGACGACUCCGAAGAGUACCCAACCUCUCACGAACUCGUCCUGAAGACGCAUAGUCGCGCUGUGACAACGGUGUCCCUGGAUCCUGCUGGGGGCCGGCUUUUAACCGCUUCUCUGGACUGCGUUGUAAACUUCCACGACUUUGCGUCCAUGACGCCUUCUACGCUGCGAGCGUUCAAGACAAUCGACCCGUACGAGACCAAAAAGUCAGCUGCGGCCGCAGAGUCGCAUCCGAUCCACCAUGUCGAGUUCAACCCGCACUCUGGAGGCACCUUUUUGUGCGUCUCGGCACACCCCCAGGCCAAGAUCAUGUCUCGGGAUGGUCAGAUCUUGACAGAGUUCGUCAAGGGUGACAUGUAUCUACGAGACAUGAACAACACAAAGGGUCACAUUUCCGAAAUAUCCACAGGGACAUGGCACCCGACAGACAGGAACCUUUGCAUCACGGCCGGCACAGACAGCACUUUGAGAAUAUGGGACGUGAAUAACAAGCGGUCACAUAAAGAAGUGGUUGUUUUCAAGUCCAAGGCUGCUGGCUCGGCCGGGAGAACCAAAAUGACGGCAGUCGCUUGGGGUAAUCCUGCCCAAGCCGGCCACGCUGUUCUAAUCAGUGCGGCACUCGACGGAACUCUGGUCAUGUACGGAGGCAAUGGCCCGUUUACGAGACCCGCUGGUGAAAUCCGCGAUGCACACAGACCACAGACUUGGACCAGCGGCAUCGACAUCUCUUGCGAUGGUCGCAUGGUUGUCACCAGAGGCGGUGAUGACCUCAUCAAGCUGUGGGACACGAGGAAGUUCACCAAACCUCUUGUCAGCGUUUCACACAAGUCAACAUCAGAUCACUUUCCCGCCAGUAACAUCAUGUACUCGCCCAACUCGACCAACAUCAUCACCGGAUCCGAGACUGGCCACUUGCACAUCUUGAACCCAGGCAACCUUCGGGUUGAGCACCUCACGCCUAUUACGCCAGGCUCAGCCCUCAUCACAGUGAACUGGCACCCAAAGAUCAAUCAGAUAAUUACAGGCUCAGCCAACGCCGAGACUCACGUCCUCUACAACCCAACCAUGUCGCGCCGCGGCGCCGUGGAGGUAAUGUCUCGAGCUCCGAAGAAACGGCACAUUGACGACGAUCCGUCUCGGACCAUGGAUCAAGGGGCUGGCAUGUCUGGAGAGUCAAUCAUCACACCUGGCGCCCUGCCUGGUUCCAGGAGGCCCGGGGUUACGGGUACCGGCCGAUCGAAAGAUCCCCGUCGUCCUCACAUCCCCCAGCAGACUCCCUUCCAAAAGAACCAGCCAGAUGAGAAGCACGUCGCCGAAAACAUCCCGCUGGCUCGCAUGCUGCACGAAGAUCCUCGCGAGGCGCUAUUGAAAUACGCCGAGAAAGCCAAGAGUGACCCCAUCUUCACCAAGGCAUGGAGCAAGACGCAGCCGAAUACCCAAUACGCAAACAUCAGCGACGACGAAGAGGAAGAAGAACCGGAUAGAAAAAAGGCCAAAAGAUGA